AUGAGGGCUAAGGUUAGGGCUAAAGUAACGGAAAGGCGGCUGCAUCCGACCAGGAAGGGAGCAGCUCCUAGCGUGAAUCCCGAUUCUCCUCCGUGGGGACUGGUGCCCUGCGCCCGGGAGGAAGGCGUCGCGGGCGCUCUGCGAGCCAAGUUCGAGGCGGGGGAGGCAACCUCGGGCGCGCCCGGCUUCUCCGCGGGGGGGGCGGACGGCGGUGCCCAGAGACCUCGGCCGCCCUGCGCCAAGCCACACAAGGAGGCCGUGGGGCCGCCGGAGUUCGAGAGCCCGCGGCCACCGCAGCUGCCCGGCGCUGAGGGCCCGGCCGUCAGCGACGGAGAGGAGGGCGGCGGCGAGCCGGGCGCUGGCGGAGGAGCUGUCGGAGCCGCGGGCGCCAGGCGCUGAGACUUCGUGGAAGCCCCCCCGCCCAAGGUGAACCCGUGGACUAAGAACGCGCUGCCGCCGGUCCUGGCCACCGUGAACGGACAGUCCCCUCCAGAACAUUCUGCUCCAGCCAAGGUGGUGAGGGCAGCUGCUCCUAAACAGCGCAAAGGCAGCAAGGUUGGUGAUUUUGGAGAUGCAAUCAACUGGCCUACACCUGGAGAGAUAGCCCACAAGAGUGUGCAGCCACAGUCUCACAAGCCUCAGCCUGCCCGUAAGCUGUCACCCAAGAAGGACAUGAAAGAACAGGAGAAAGGAGAGGGGAGCGAUAGUAAGGAGAGCCCGAAAACCAAAUCAGAUGAAUCAGGGGAGGAGAAGAAUGGGGAUGAAGACUGCCAGCGAGGCGGGCAGAAGAAGAAAGGGAAUAAACAUAAGUGGGUUCCCCUGCAAAUAGACAUGAAGCCCGAAGUUCCCAGAGAGAAACUUGCCUCAUGCCCCGCUCGCCCACAGGAGCCGAGACAUACACCUGCCAACCAUGGGGAGAUCAAAGGGUCUGAGCCUGCCACCUACAUGCCUGUGUCUGUGGCCACCCCCACCCCAGCCUGGCAACCAGAGACCAAACCGGAGCCUGUCUGGCACGACCAGGACGAAACAUCGACCCAUUUUGACUACCAAUUUGGCUAUCGAAAGUUUGAUGGUGCAGAGGGGCCUCGAACCCCCAAGUACAUGAACAACAUUACCUACUACUUUGACAAUGUCAGCAGCACUGAGCUUUACAGCAUGGACCAGGAGCUGCUCAAAGACUACAUCACGCGACAGAUUGAGUACUACUUCAGCGUGGACAAUUUAGAGCGAGAUUUCUUCCUGAGAAGAAAAAUGGAUGCUGAUGGUUUCCUUCCCAUCACCCUUAUUGCUUCCUUCCAUCGUGUGCAAGCCCUUACCACUGACAUUUCACUUAUUUUUGCGGCCCUCAAGGACAGCAAGGUGGUGGAAACUGUUGAUGAGAAAGUCCGAAGGAGGGAAGAGCCUGAGAAGUGGCCUCUUCCUGGUCCCCCAAUAGUGGAUUAUUCCCAGACUGAUUUUUCCCAGCUUCUCAACUGCCCUGAAUUUGUUCCCCGCCAGUACUACCAGAAAGAGACGGAGUCGGCGCCUGGCUCUCCCCGUGCAGUCACCCCAGUGCCAACCAAAACGGAGGAGGUCAGCAACCUAAAGACACUGCCUAAUGGCCUGUCUGCCAGCCUGCCUGACCUGGAUUCUGAGAACUGGAUUGAAGUGAAGAAACCAUAA